CCGAGCCGCUGCUUCGGCGGGGGAGCGGGUCCCGCCCCCAUGUGACGGCCCGGCAGGGAAUUGGCGGCGGCGUGCAGCCAUUUCCGGUUUCGGGGAGGUUGGAGGGGUGCGGAGCGGGACUUGGAGCCGCUGCCGCCUCGGCCGCCGCUUACGGAUACUGCCUUGCGCCUAGUGCUGCCGGGACGAUGCGGACGGAGCCGGGAGGCUGCUGCUGCCGUCGCCCGGUGCGGGCGAACGACUGCGUGGCGAACGGGGAGGUGCGCAACGGGUACGUGAGGAGCAGCGCCGCUUCUGCCGCAGCCGCUGCCAGCCAGAUACAUCAUGUUACACAAAAUGGAGGACUAUAUAAAAGACCAUUUAAUGAAGGUUUUGAAGAGACACCAAUGCUGGUCGCUGUGCUUACUUACGUGGGGUAUGGUGUCCUCACUCUCUUUGGAUAUCUUCGAGAUUUCUUAAGGCAUUGGAGAAUUGAAAAGUGUCACCAUGCAACAGAAAGAGAAGAACAAAAGGACUUUGUGUCAUUGUAUCAGGAUUUCGAAAACUUCUAUACAAGGAACCUCUACAUGAGGAUUAGAGACAACUGGAAUCGGCCCAUCUGCAGUGUGCCUGGGGCCAGGGUGGACAUCAUGGAGAGACAGUCUCAUGAUUACAACUGGUCGUUCAAGUACACAGGGAAUGUAAUUAAAGAUGUUAUAAACAUGGGUUCCUACAACUAUCUUGGGUUUGCACGGAAUACUGGACCAUGUCAAGAGGCAGCUGCCAAAGUCCUGGAGGAAUAUGGAGUUGGAGUGUGCAGCACUCGGCAGGAAAUUGGAAACCUGGACAAGCAUGAAGAACUAGAGAAGCUUGUGGCAAGUUUCUUGGGAGUGGAAGCUGCUAUGACAUAUGGCAUGGGAUUUGCAACAAACUCAAUGAACAUUCCUGCUCUUGUUAGCAAAGGUUGCCUGAUUCUGAGUGAUGAACUGAACCAUGCAUCACUGGUUCUAGGAGCCAGACUCUCAGGAGCAACCAUUCGAGUCUUCAAACACAACAAUAUGCAAAGCCUAGAGAAGUUGUUGAAAGAUGCCAUUGUUUAUGGUCAACCUCGGACACGAAGGCCCUGGAAGAAAAUUCUAAUCCUUGUGGAGGGAAUAUAUAGCAUGGAGGGAUCUAUUGUUCGCCUUCCUGAAGUGAUUGCCCUUAAGAAGAAGUACAAGGCAUACUUGUAUCUAGAUGAAGCUCACAGCAUUGGGGCUCUGGGCCCUACAGGGCGAGGUGUGGUGGAUUACUUUGGCCUGGAUCCUGAGGAUGUGGACAUUAUGAUGGGAACAUUCACAAAGAGCUUUGGUGCUUCUGGAGGAUACAUCGGAGGCAAGAAGGAGCUGAUCGACUAUCUGCGGACACAUUCUCAUAGUGCAGUGUACGCCACAUCACUGUCACCACCUGUUGUGGAGCAGAUCAUCACUUCUAUGAAGUGCAUCAUGGGGCAGGAUGGCACCACCCUUGGCAAAGAGUGUAUACAGCAGUUAGCUGAAAACGUCAGAUAUUUCAGGAGACGUCUGAAAAAUAUGGGCUUCAUCAUCUAUGGAAAUGAAGAUUCUCCAGUGGUGCCUCUGAUGCUCUACAUGCCAGCCAAAAUUGGCGCCUUUGGACGGGAGAUGCUAAAGCGGAAUAUCGGUGUAGUUGUGGUAGGAUUUCCUGCUACCCCAAUCAUUGAGUCCAGAGCCAGGUUUUGCCUGUCGGCAGCUCAUACCAAAGAAAUGCUUGAUACUGCUUUAAAGGAGAUAGAUGAAGUCGGGGACCUAUUGCACCUGAAGUAUUCCCGUCAUCGGUCAGUACCUCUAUUGGACAGGCCCUUUGAUGAGACUACAUAUGAAGAAACAGAAGACUGAGCCUUUUGGUGCUCCCCUAAAGGAACUCUCCCUCACCCAGGAGAGUGUGUGGCCUUUCCAGUCCAGUUGCAGGAACCACACUUCUUGUGCAAGAGAUUUCCUCAACUACUGACGGCGGCCACCUCCACUCUAAAUGAUAUUUUGUAAAUAGUGAAAAACUGCUUCACAUCCUUCCUUUGCUACAUCACCUUUAAAAAAAGAGGUGACUCACUUUGCGUUUUUGUCCAUUAAAAAAAUGUUUUAUUUUAUAACUAUUCUACUUGUGAAAUCACGCUGACCCUACCCUGUCUCUGGCUAACCACGCAGGCCAUUUUCCUCUCACAGACGUGGGCCCAUCCAAAGCUCCUGCUGGCCCUGGCACUACAGCCUCGAGACUCACCUGGCCCUCCUUCCUGGGGAGCAAGUGCCUUCCACUUACUUCCGGUCCAGGUCUCAGAGGUGGCCAGCCUUGGAAUCCUUGUUUAACCAGUCACGUAAUCACCCAAAGCGUUUUAAUGUGUCUUAAGUUUAGCCAUUUAAGAAAAGUAGUAAACACUAACAUUGCUGAAACUCCCCCUCAUUGUAUAUCCCUCCCUGGCCAGGAGCCUCCAAGGCUUGGUCUUAUUCCAUUUUGUUCUGGUCACCAGAUGAUAUCUUCCUUCACCAUCAAAUGUUUCUUCGUAAUGGUCACCAUCUGAGGGUAUGUCCAGUUUCUGGGUUCUUCCCAAGCUGGAAUCUAACACUCCCACCCCCUGUUUAAAACACUUAAAUGGUUUUAAAAGCACCCACAUCCCAUCCCCUGUUUAAAACACUUAAAUGGUUUUAAAAGCACCCACAUCCUACCCUGGUCAGACCUCGGUGCUGAAGCCGACUCACACCUCACUCUUCUGUGUACAAAGCUGCUCCACAGAGUGAUAGGCCCUCCUGCUCGGGUGAGAGGGCAGGGGUGGUGGGGAAAGGGUUGACUGCUCCUUGUAGAAUGUCUGUGGUUUCCUUCUUACUGCUUUCUACUUUUCAAAAUUAUGACAGCCAAAAAAAAAAAAAAAAAA